AGCGGCCCCGGUCCCUGCCAGCCGACGCCCCGGGCGAAGGCCACAGAUGUAAGGGGCCGGGGCCCCAGCUGCUGCGGUCUCGGGCUCAGGCAAUGGAGGCGCGCGCUCUGCCCGCACGUCGCCAUGAGUUUCCUAAUAGACUCCAGCAUCAUGAUCACCUCCCAGAUACUUUUCUUCGGAUUUGGGUGGCUUUUCUUCAUGCGCCAACUGUUUAAGGACUACGAGGUCCGUCAGUAUGUCGUGCAGGUGAUCUUCUCCGUGACUUUUGCGUUUUCCUGCACCAUGUUUGAGCUCAUCAUCUUUGAGAUCUUAGGAGUGCUGAACAGCAGCUCCCGCUACUUCCACUGGAAGCUGAACCUGUGCGUCAUUCUGCUGAUCCUGGUCUUCCUGGUGCCUUUCUACAUCGGCUACUUCAUUGUGAGCAACAUCCGCCUGUUGCACAAACAGCGGCUGCUUUUCUCCUGCCUCUUAUGGCUGACUUUUAUGUAUUUCUUCUGGAAACUAGGAGAUCCAUUUCCCAUUCUCAGCCCAAAACACGGGAUCUUGUCCAUAGAACAGCUCAUCAGCCGCGUGGGUGUGAUCGGUGUGACUCUCAUGGCUCUUCUUUCUGGAUUCGGUGCUGUCAACUGCCCGUACACCUACAUGUCCUACUUCCUCAGGAAUGUGACGGACGUCGACAUCCUCGCCCUGGAGCGGCGACUGCUCCAGACCAUGGACAUGAUCAUCAGCAAAAAGAAAAGGAUGGCAAUGACUCGGAGAACCAUGUUCCAGAAGGGGGAGGUGCAUAACAAGCCGUCGGGAUUCUGGGGGAUGAUAAAGAGCAUCACCACUUCCGCUCCAGGAAGCGAGAAUCUUAACCUUAUUCAGCAGGAAGUGGAUGCUUUGGAAGAACUAAGCAGGCAGCUUUUUCUGGAAACAGCUGAUCUACAUGCUACCAAGGAGAGGAUAGAAUACUCCAAAACUUUCAAGGGGAAAUAUUUUAAUUUUCUGGGUUACUUUUUCUCUAUUUACUGUGUUUGGAAAAUCUUCAUGGCGACCAUUAAUAUCGUUUUUGACCGAGUGGGAAAGACGGACCCUGUCACAAGAGGCAUUGAGAUCACUGUGAAUUACCUGGGAAUCCAAUUUGACGUGAAGUUCUGGUCCCAGCACAUUUCCUUCAUUCUGGUUGGCAUAAUCAUUGUCACAUCCAUCAGAGGACUGCUGAUCACUCUUACCAAGUUCUUCUACGCCAUCUCCAGCAGCAAGUCCUCCAACGUCAUCGUCCUGCUGUUAGCGCAGAUCAUGGGCAUGUACUUCGUGUCCUCGGUGCUGCUGAUCCGGAUGAGCAUGCCGCUGGAGUACCGCACCAUCAUCACCGAAGUGCUGGGGGAGCUGCAGUUCAACUUCUACCACCGCUGGUUCGACGUCAUCUUCCUGGUCAGCGCGCUCUCCAGCAUCCUGUUCCUCUACCUGGCGCACAAGCAGGCGCCCGAGAAGCACAUGACGCCCUGAGCUCAGCCGUGCGGACCGCUAACAGGCCAUGGUGUCAGCGUUUAGAUAGAACGAGGGGAAUGGAGGGGACCAGGCCUAAUACUUUUUAACAAGACGCUGUGGUAGCCACUCCACCUGCAGCUUAUGCCUUCCUCUCCGCGAUACCGUGCUCUGAGCCUUGGCCGGAGCCCGGGAGCCAGGUACCUGAGGCUGAUGCUCAGCCAGAAGUCCCUGUGGGGGUGAGGCCGCUGCAGCGUUGGGAGGGGGCGUGGGAAAGAGCCACGAAGCGGCAGGGAGAAGCACACCGGAACCGGGUAAUGGAGUCUGCGGAGCUGGGCCAAGCGCGCGGGGUUUCUGCUGAAGUGGAGGUUCGCAUGGAGGAGGUUUUGGCUUCCCCGAGACUGACUGUCAUUAAAAUCCGAGAUUGUAA